UACCCUUCUUUAUCUCCAUUUCUCUCCAAAAAUUCCAACUUCCUCAGCUGAUGCGAUGCGAUGCUUACACUUUCCUUUUCUUUGUAACAUUUAAAAGGUAACAAGGUCUCAUUAUUCCUAAAAUAAAAUUUCAAAGCCUUAUAUCAUGAAGCUCACACUAACCUUGCCAAUUUUUGUGACAAUUUUAACUCUUCUACUUGGAGGUUGCAAUUGCAAGAUUGUACAAUUCAUCUUCGGGGACUCUCUUUCAGAUGUUGGCAACAACAACUUCCUCUCUAAAAGCCUUGCUCGCGCGAACUUGCCAUGGUAUGGUAUUGAUUUUGGAAAUGGAUUGCCUAAUGGUAGAUUCUGCAAUGGCCGUACUGUUGCUGAUAUAAUAGGUGACGAAAUGGGACUUCCACGGCCACCAGCAUAUCUAAAUCAAUCGUUAACAGAAGAUGUCAUAUUGGAGGACGGAGUCAAUUUUGCCUCUGGUGGUGGUGGAAUUCUAAACGAGACAGGCACCUAUUUCAUACAGAGGUUUUCCUUAUACAAGCAAAUAGAAUUAUUUCAAGGAACACAAGACUUAAUUAGAGAAAAAUUAGGAAGCAAAGAAGCUGAGAAAUUUUUCCAACAAGCACGAUACGUUGUCGCCCUGGGAAGCAAUGAUUUCAUCAACAAUUACUUAAUGCCAGUUUACAGUGAUUCAUGGACUUACACUGAUAAAUCUUUUAUUCAAUACUUAAUGGACACUCUCAGAGCACAACUUAUAUUGUUGCAUAGUUUGGGGGCAAGGGAGUUGAUGGUGUUUGGGCUCGGACCAAUGGGGUGUAUUCCACUUCAAAGAGUUUUAAGUACAGAUGGACAGUGUCAAGACAAGACUAAUCAGUUGGCUCUAGCCUUCAACAAAGCAACAAACGAACUUGUCGUAGAAUUGUCCAACACUCUUCCAAAUGCAAGCUACAAGUUUGGAGAUGCAUAUGAUGUUGUCAACGAUGUCAUUACCAAUCCCGGCAAUUAUGGUUUUAGUAACUCUGAUUCACCAUGCUGCUCAUUCGGAAGAAUUAGGCCAGCUUUAACGUGUAUUCCAGCAUCGACAUUGUGCAGUGACAGAAGCAAAUAUGUUUUUUGGGAUGAAUAUCAUCCUUCUGAUAGUGCUAACGAGUUAAUUGCUAAAGAGCUCAUCAAAAAGCUUGGAUUUUUGAAGUCCAAUCAGACCGAUGUUUCUCCCCCAACACCAGCAGCCACGAGUUUUUCAUCGGAUGAUGUUGGACAGUAGAUUUUCUACUAAAAAUAUUUUCCUUAACUUCGAACGUAGAUUUUCUUAUUAUUUUGUAACGUUAUUUGUUCAUCGCAAAAUAGCAGCAUUUCGUUGCUACUUGAUUCAGAACAUGGGCGACUGAGUGGGGCUUUCUUUGUUUGUCCACUUUAUUAUCAUAUCAACAAAUUAAUUAUAAGCUGUCGAAAUAUUCGAUUAAAUCAAUGAAAUUGUAUGGUCAA